UCUCUCUAAAUCUUGAAAUACCCUGCCAAAAAUCACAUCAAUUUCAUUGUAACUUAGAGAAUUCUGCAACAAAUUAAGCUUUCUUUGCUGUAAAUUACUCUCUUCCAUUUGGAAAAUUCUUUGUUUUAUAACAUCUAUUCGAGAAAUGGCUUUGGCUUUCACUUCUUCAACUGCAAUUCAUACCUCUCUUUCUUCGUCUUCUUAUGAACAACCCAAAGUAUCCCAAUUGGGCAACUUUCAGCUAUUGGAUCAGCCACAAAUUCCUUUGAAAGCAUUGAAUUUUUCUCAGAGGCGUUGUGUGGUGAAGCCAUUAAACGCUGAGCCUAAAAGGAAUGAGUCGAUAGUUCCAUCAGCAGCAACAAUUGCUGCUCCUCUACCUGAGGUGGAAGAGAAAGUAGAGGCAGAGGACUAUGAGAAACUGGCGAAGGAGCUUGAAAAUGCCUCACCUCUUGAGAUUAUGGAUAAGGCCCUUGAAAAUUUUGGAAAUGAUAUUGCCAUUGCUUUCAGUGGUGCUGAAGAUGUCGCUUUGAUAGAGUAUGCUCAUUUAACCGGUCGACCAUUUAGAGUGUUCAGCCUUGAUACCGGGAGGUUGAAUCCAGAGACCUACCAACUCUUUGAUGCUGUCGAGAAGCACUAUGGUAUUCGCAUUGAAUACAUGUUUCCUGAUGCUGUAGAAGUUCAGGCCUUAGUGAGGAGCAAAGGUCUUUUCUCAUUCUAUGAAGAUGGCCACCAAGAAUGCUGCCGUGUUAGGAAAGUUAGGCCCCUGAGGAGAGCCCUCAAAGGCUUGCGUGCCUGGAUCACAGGGCAACGAAAAGAUCAGUCCCCUGGAACUCGAUCUGAAAUUCCUGUUGUCCAAGUAGACCCCGUUUUCGAGGGGUUGGAUGGUGGAAUUGGAAGUUUAGUGAAGUGGAACCCGGUGGCUAAUGUGGACGGCAAGGAUGUAUGGAACUUCUUACGUGCGAUGAAUGUACCUGUGAACUCUUUGCAUUCAAAAGGUUAUGUCUCCAUUGGAUGCGAACCUUGCACAAGGCCAGUCCUACCCGGACAACACGAGAGAGAAGGAAGGUGGUGGUGGGAGGACGCCAAGGCCAAGGAAUGUGGCUUGCACAAAGGAAACAUCAAAGACGAAAAUGUAAAUGGUAAUCGUAACAGUGCUGUGCAAGCAAAUGGUAGUGCCAAUGUUGCUGAUAUUUUUGACACUAAGGACAUUGUUACCUUGAGUAGACCUGGAAUUGAGAACCUAUUGAAAUUGGAAGACCGGAGAGAGCCUUGGCUUGUUGUUCUUUAUGCUCCGUGGUGCCGCUUCUGCCAGGCAAUGGAAGGAUCAUAUGUGGAAUUGGCAGAGAAGUUGGAGGGUUCUGGUGUGAAGAUUGGGAAGUUCAGGGCAGAUGGUGAGCAGAAAACAUUUGCACAACAAGAGUUGCAGCUUGGCAGCUUUCCCACAAUACUAUUCUUUCCUAAGCACUCUUCACAGCCUAUUAAGUACCCAUCAGAAAAGAGGGAUGUAGAUUCCUUGAUGGCUUUUGUGAAUGCUCUUAGGUGAAGGCAAAAUGUUGCUUCACAUUCUUUACACAGAGUAGUAAAAUAGAAGAGGGACUUGAGUUGUGGAAUAUAGUGCUUGUAUAUUUAUGGUAUAUGGUCCCUCAGUUUUUAUUUCAAUAUUUUAGAUUUUUUUUUCUAUGCUUUCCUCAGUCAAAAGGGUCUAUUUCUCCGGCCUCAAUUUUGUGGAUCUUCUUGCUCUUGUUGCUUUGUCAAUAUACAAGUCUUUCUCCUCA